AUGAACUUUUUUCCCGCACCACCGGUGAUCCAAGCCGAUCUAUACGUCCGUAUACCGGACGAGGUGAGGUGUAUUGGACAAGAAUCGGAGUGGAAGGGCGGAUUCGCGAGGGACUUCAAACACAUUUUUCUCGAAGGCCCUGUAGCUGACGCUGCUGGGAAUCUCUACGUUGUCGACAUUCCAUACGGUCGCAUUCUCAAGAUCGAUGUCGAGAGAAAAGUUACAGUUUGUUGCAAGUGGGAUGGAGAGCCGAAUGGCUUAGUAGGGACCCAGGAGGGCGAUUUGCUUGUGGCAGAUUACAAACAGGGUAUUCUUGCAUUCAACCCGUUGACAGGGGAAAUCAAACCGAAGCUUACAAGGAAGAAUCUGGAGAGAUUCAAAGGCCCAAAUGACCUGAUCUUGGACUCCCAACAAAACCUGUACUUUACAGACCAAGGCCAAACUGGCAUGACUGAUCCUACUGGGAAAGUGUACCGCCUUUCCCCCGACGGGAGAUUAGACACCUUAGUGGACAACGGUGCGUCUCCCAACGGCCUCGUGCUGUCCCUGGAUGAACGCUUCCUUUAUGUCGCCAUGACGAGAGCGAAUCAAGUAUGGAGGCUUCCGCUUCACGAAGACGGGACAACAUCCAAAGUAGGCGUGUUCUUCCAGUCAUUCGGAAAUGCUGGUCCGGACGGUCUGGCACUAGACGAAGAGGGCAAUUUAUUUGUCUGCCAUCCAAGCCUUGGGUCUGUGUUUGUGGUGGAUGCUAGUGGUAUUCCGAAGGCCCGUAUUGUCAGCGGUUCACCAGGAAUUAAUUUGACGAACUGUUGUUUUGGUGGCCCGGAACACAAGACCUUGUAUAUUACAGACAGCCUGGAAGGCAAUAUUCAGAAGGUCGACUGGCACUGUCGAGGGGCAGUGCCAGCACCCAAGCUGAAGUCGUGA